GGAUGCGAUGUACAUACAAGUGCUCUUCGCUCACCGCUGCAUGUGAGGACCAGCAGGGAUCCUGAUCCAUAUCAUCCUGAUGGGUGGCAGCGGGCUUCAAGGUCGGUUAGUAGUAGCCGGCUGCCUACCUACCUAUAUAAUCGAACCUCUCCUGAUUCCUGAAAGUGGUAUGUUCUUGAAGCUGGCUUGUUCAUAACCCAUCUGCUGUAUCCUCCCCGUUGUCCGAUUCCUCAUAUCCACGUACUAGUACUUCGGCAGCCCGAGUCUCAUCAGACACCUUAUCAUAACGCCUACGAUUCAAUCAUGGGUGCGGCUGAGAACUAUAAGCUUGACAGCUUUGAGAUAUUCCGCAAUGUGAUCAACAACGAACUCACGACCACGGCCCAAACACGCCACGCCAUCAACCCCAGCACCGGCGAGCCACUUCCUGACGUGCCCCUCUCGACGCCAGAAGAUGUUGACCGUGCCGUAGCAGCGGCACAGGCUGCAUUCCCGGCCUGGAGUGGGCUCUCUCAAGACGAACGAGCCGACUACCUCUCCAAGUUCGCCGAUGCUGUCGAUGCUAACAAGGAGGAACUUAUCACGCUGCUCGGUAGGGAAGCGGGCAAGCCUCCGCAGCUUGCUACCAUGGAAAUAUUGGGCUGUGUCGCCCAAAUUCGGGGUACUAGCAAAUUCAGACUGACAGAGGAAAAGGUUGAAGAGACAGACGAGCGAGUCGUGACCGUACGCCAUGUACCCAUUGGCGUGGGUGUGGGCAUUAUCCCUUGGAACUUUCCGGCCUUGCUGGGUAUAAUCAAGCUGUCGGCGGCAUUGCUUACCGGCAACACUUUCAUCUGGAAACCAUCGCCAUAUACGCCCAACACCGCCCUCAAGAUUGGCGAGCUCGCUGCCAAGGUGUUCCCCAAAGGUGUGGUCAAUGUUCUGAGCGGUGACGAGUCCCUCGGUCCCCUGUUCACAGCCCACCCGGGCGUAGCUAAGAUUAGCUUCACCGGGUCUGUGGCAACUGGCAAGAAGGUGAUGCAAGCAUGCGCCGGGACCCUGAAGCGCUUUACUCUCGAGCUUGGCGGCAAUGACCCGGCAAUCAUCUACCCAGAUGUGGACGUGGCAAAGGUAGCCCCUAUGAUUGCCCAGUUAGCACUCAUCCACACCGGCCAAGUCUGCAUGGCAGCGAAGCGCAUCUAUGUGCACGAAGACAUCUACGACACCUUCGUCGCCGCUGUGGCCAACUUCAUAAAGUCGUCCAUAAAGAUGGGGAUGAGCAACGACCCCGAAGCCGCGAUCGGCCCGAUCCAGAACAGCAUGCAGUUCGGCAAGCUUCAGGGCCUCUACUCGCAGAUCGACAAGCAAGGCUGGAAGGCCAUUCCGGUGGCCGGCUCAUCCUUUGGCAACAACAAUGCCGGCGGCUAUUUCCUGGCCCCGACACUGAUCGACAACCCGCCCGAGGACUCACAGAUAGUGGUCGAGGAGCAGUUUGGCCCCAUCGUGCCGAUGCUCAAGUGGUCCGACGAGGACGACGUGGUGCGGCGGGCCAACGCCACCCAGAUGGGGCUCGGCGCGUCCGUCUGGGGGGGCGACCAGGCAAGGGCCGAGCGCACGGCGCGCCGCCUCGAGGCCGGCAGCGUCUGGGUCAACCACUUCGUGUCGGUCGGCCCGCUGGCCCCGUAUAGCGGCCACAAACAAAGCGGUAUUGGUGCGGAAUCCGGAAUGGAGGGGCUGAGGGGUUGGUGCAAUAUCCAAACGGUUUGGACGGCCAAGUCAUCGUCGGUGAACGGGAAGUAGGAAGAUGUCGGGGUGAUUGCCAGGGACGGAGCAAAAAUCUGUGCUAUCUUGUGUGUGGCUGGGAUAUUGAAAAGCCUGGAUUGAUACGGGUCUAUUUCUGGUUGGAAGUGUGAAUGUGUCCACUUGAAGUUUGGAGUGCCCAGCUCGAACCACAGUAAAAUACGACAAAAUUGAUGCCAUUGCUCCUGCC